GCAUCUGACAAUUUUACCCCAAUACUUGGAAUAUUAACUAAGUUAUAACUAUGGCUGACGGAGACGAAUUAUUCGCACUUAUUCAGGGUGCCAAGGACUGUCAUUCUUUAUUGAAGAAACAUCUCACUAAGGAACGUUAUGAAAAAUUGAAAAAUUUGAAGACCAAGUUUGGUGGUACUAUUGCAGAUUGCAUCCGUUCAGGUUGCAAAAACCCUGACAGUGGUGUAGGUAUCUACGCUAGUGAUCCUGAUGCAUACACUGUAUUUGCUGAAGUCCUUGAUGCCGUUAUCAUGGACUACCAUAAAAUUGAUAAAGUCACCCACCCAGUUCCAGACUUCGGUGAUGUCAAUAACUUGAACAUCGGUGAUCUUGAUCCAUCUGGUAACUUGAUUGUAUCUACACGUGUCCGCGUAGGCAGGAGCCACGAUAGUUUUGGCUUCCCACCAGUUCUUAAGAAAGAGGAUCGUGUUAAAAUGGAACAAGUAUCCGUUGAGGCUUUGAAAUCCCUUGAAGGUGAAUUGGCUGGUAGCUAUUACCCCCUCAGCAACAUGACUCCUGAAGUUCAGAAGCAACUGACUGAUGAUCAUUUCCUCUUUAACGACUCUGACAGAUUCUUGAAGGCAGCUAGUGGUUAUGAUGACUGGCCUACUGGCAGAGGCAUCUACUUCAGUGCCAAUAAGACCUUUUUGUGUUGGGUCAAUGAGGAAGAUCAUCUUAGGCUGAUUUCCAUGCAGAAGGGUGGUAACUUGGGUGAAGUCUACAAGAGAUUGGUCAAUGCUAUCCAUCAAAUGGAGAAGAAACUGAAGUUUGCAAAGAAAGACAACAUGGGUUACUUGACAUUCUGCCCAAGCAACUUGGGUACCACCAUGAGAGCUAGUGUGCAUAUUAAGAUCCCUAAGCUUUCUCAGAGACCAGACUUCAAAAGUAUCUGCGACAAAUACAACCUCCAGGCCAGAGGUAUCCAUGGUGAACAUACAGAAAGUGUUGGCGGUGUCUAUGAUAUCUCUAAUAAACGCCGUAUGGGUCUCACAGAGUAUGAGGCUGUCACUGAAAUGAUGAGGGGUGUCAAUGAGAUCAUUCGUGAGGAAACCAGCAGUUAAAUUUUUUUCAAUUGUAAAAUAAAAAUGUAUCCGGGAUUAGAUAACAAGAUAAGUCUACUAUGUUAGAAGUUCUGUUUGAAAAAUCUCAGAUACCAACUUUUAGACUGUAAAAGGCUUUUGCCAUGCAGGUGAAAAUAAAAACCUUAAACCUU